AUGGCUGGCUCUUUGGUUCUUCGGAUCGGGCUCCUUGCGGUCCUUGCGUCCAAGGCAUGGGCAUCUUGCGCCUACGGGACCUUGUUGCAUCCAAGGGCCGAGGAGGGAACAGUCGACGUCAACAUUUUUGGAUACACGGGCGAAAUUGGCCCAACGAAAUGGGUGGCACUGAGCGCCGAGAACGCCCUCUGCUCUACCGGCACGAACCAGUCUCCCAUCGACAUGGUUGACGGAGCUUUCACAAUUAUCCCUGCCGCUGAGCUCGGCCUCUCUAUCCCCGACAUGCCUGAAGGCACUGAAUUCGAGAACCUGGGCACCACGGUCGAGGUUGUCGCGGGCGAGGGCACCAUGGCGUUUGGCGGCGUCACGUACACCCUCCAGCAGUUCCACUUUCACCUGCCCAGCGAGCACCUGGACAACGGCACCAGCAUGGCCAUGGAAAUGCACAUGGUCUGGGAGGGCGCUGCUGGCGAGAUUGCUGUCAUUGGCGCCUUUAUCGACAUCGAGGACGGAGCUGGAGGCGAGGCCGGUGCUGCCCCCAACGCGACAGCCCCUGCAGCUCCGGUCAACACCACCCCAGAGGCGGUCAACUCUACCCCGGAGCCUGCCGCUACUCCGGAGGCUCAGCAGGUGCAUCGCAGGAGGGAUGGAUUCUUGAAGAUGCUCCGCAAGAAGUCAGUCAAGAAGACCCAGGAGAAGCGACAACUGCCCUCUAUCCAAGGCCACUUCUUCCUCGUCAACACGCCGUCAACCAGCGUCGUCACGGCUUCGACGCUCCUCGAGACCGUCCUGGGUUCCGUGGAGGAGAUUUCAGAGCCCGGAACCGUCACCAAGACGCAGCCUCUCAUCAUGUCCGAGCUGGUCAACACUCUGGCAGCAGGGUCGUUCCAAACGUACAAUGGAUCUUUGACGACCCCUCCCUGCAGCGAAGGCGUGAGAUGGCUGGUUUCGGACCAAAAGCUGUCAAUUCAGACGGCUACAUUUAGCAAGACCCGGACUGUGAUUGGAUUCAACUCCCGGUUUCCCCAGGGUGCGCUUGGCGAGCCGAACGUCCUCCAACAGUAA